GCGAGCCACAAGCCCGGAGCCCGCGCCCUUGAGCUCAGCACACAGCCUGCCUGCCCCGUCGGCCCUGUUGCACCUUGUGCCGAGGGCACCUCCUUGGGCCUCCUCCCUGUGCCCCGCCCGCUGCCCUCGACUCACCGGCAGCCAUGGUGGCUGGCAUGCUCAUGCCACUGGACCAGCUGAGGGCCAUUUACGAGGUGCUCUUCCGAGAGGGUGUGAUGGUGGCCAAGAAGGACCGGCGGCCCUGCAGCCUGCACCCCCAUGUGCCAGGCGUCACCAACCUGCAGGUCAUGCGUGCCAUGGCCUCCCUGCGGGCACGGGGCCUGGUUCGGGAGACUUUUGCCUGGCGCCACUUUUACUGGUACCUCACCAACGAGGGCAUUGCCCACUUGCGCCAGUACCUGCACCUGCCACCGGAGAUCGUGCCUGCCUCUCUGCAGCGUGUGCGCCGCCCUGUCGCCAUGGUGAUGCCUGCGCGCCGCACGCCCCACAUGCAGGCCAUACAGGGUUCCCUGGGAUGCCCGCCCAAGCGGGGGCCAUUGCCAGCUGAGGACCCUGCCCGUGAGGAGCGGUGGGUCUACCGCCGGAAGGAGCCUGAGGAGAGGGCAUCUGAGUCCCCUGUGGUGCCCGCCACCACCGCAGGGACUCUGGCGAGGCCUGGCCCGGAGCCUGCCCCAGCCACAGAUGAGCGGGACCGCGUGCAGAAGAAAACCUUCACCAAGUGGGUCAACAAACACCUCAUCAAGCACUGGAGGGCAGAGGCCCAGAGGCACAUCAGUGACUUGUACGAAGACCUCCGUGAUGGCCAUAACCUCAUCUCUCUCCUGGAGGUGCUCUCAGGGGACAGCCUGCCAAGAGAGCGGGACGUAAUCAGGAGCUCGCGCCUGCCCCGGGAGAAGGGGAGGAUGCGCUUCCACAAGCUGCAGAACGUUCAGAUCGCCCUGGACUAUCUCCGGCACCGCCAGGUGAAGCUGGUGAACAUCAGGAACGAUGACAUCGCUGAUGGCAACCCCAAGCUGACCCUUGGCCUGAUCUGGACGAUCAUCCUGCACUUCCAGAUCUCAGACAUCCAGGUGAGCGGGCAGUCGGAGGACAUGACGGCCAAGGAAAAGCUGCUGCUGUGGUCCCAGCGCAUGGUGGAGGGCUACCAGGGCCUGCGCUGUGACAACUUCACCUCCAGCUGGCGCGACGGCCGCCUCUUCAACGCCAUCAUCCACCGGCACAAGCCUAUGCUUAUCGACAUGAACAAGGUGUAUCGUCAGACCAACCUGGAGAACCUGGACCAGGCCUUCUCUGUGGCAGAGCGGGAUCUGGGGGUGACCCGGCUCCUGGACCCUGAGGACGUGGACGUCCCUCAGCCUGACGAGAAGUCCAUCAUCACCUACGUCUCGUCCUUGUAUGAUGCCAUGCCCCGUGUGCCUGAUGUGCAGGAUGGGGUGAAGGCCAACGAGCUGCAGCUGCGCUGGCAGGAGUACCGGGAGCUGGUGGUGCUUCUGCUGCAGUGGGUCCGGCAGCACACAGCUGCCUUCGAGGAGCGCCGGUUCCCCUCCAGCUUCGAGGAGAUCGAGAUCUUGUGGUGUCAGUUCCUGAAGUUUAAGGAGACAGAGCUUCCAGCCAAGGAGGCGGAUAAGAACCGGUCCAAGGGUAUCUUCCAGUCCUUGGAGGGGGCAGUACAAGCAGGCCAGCUCAAGGUGCCCCCGGGCUACCACCCACUGGAUGUGGAGAAGGAGUGGGGCAAGCUGCACGUGGCCAUCCUGGAGCGGGAGAAGCAGCUCCGCAGCGAGUUUGAGAGGCUGGAGUGUCUUCAGCGUAUUGUCAGCAAACUGCAGAUGGAGGCUGGGCUGUGCGAGGAGCAGUUGAACCAGGCCGACGCCCUACUGCAGUCGGAUGUCCGGCUGCUGGCUACAGGCAAGGCACCACAGCGAGCGGGCGAGGUGGAGCGGGACCUGGACAAGGCGGAUGGCAUGAUCCGGCUGCUGUUUAACGAUGUGCAGACCCUCAAGGAUGGGCGGCACCCGCAGGGCGAGCAGAUGUAUCGCAGGGUGUACCGUCUGCACGAGCGCCUGGUGGCCAUCCGCACUGAGUAUAACCUGCGUCUGCGGAGCGCACCAAGGCACCCUGAGCUUGAGGACGCCACGCUGCGCUACCUGCAGGAUCUGCUGGCCUGGGUGGGGGAGAACCAGCGCCGGGUGGACAGCGCCGAGUGGGGCGUGGACCUGCCAAGCGUGGAGGCGCAGCUGGGCAGCCACCGCGGCCUGCACCAGUCCAUCGAGGAGUUCCGGGCCAAGAUUGAGCGGGCGCGAACCGACGAGGGCCAGCUCUCCCCGGCUACCCGGGGCGCCUACCGAGACUGCCUAGGUCGGCUGGACCUGCAGUAUGCCAAGCUGCUAAACUCCUCCAAGGCCCGCCUCAGGUCCCUAGAGAGCCUGCAUGGCUUUGUGGCAGCUGCCACCAAGGAGCUGAUGUGGCUGAGCGAGAAGGAGGACGAGGAGGUGGGCUUCGACUGGAGCGAGCGCAGCACCAACACGGCCGCCAAGAAGGACAGCUACUCGGCCCUGAUGCGCGAGCUGGAGCUGAAAGAAAAGAAAAUCAAGGAGAUCCAGAGCACCGGCGACCGCCUUCUUCGGGAAGACCACCCCGCGCGGCCCACAGUGGAGUCCUUCCAGGCAGCCCUGCAGACGCAGUGGAGCUGGAUGCUGCAGCUGUGCUGCUGCGUGGAGGCGCACCUGAAGGAGAACACCGCCUACUUCCAGUUCUUCUCAGACGUGCGGGAGGCUGAAGAGCAGCUGCGGAAGCUGCAGGAGACGCUGCGCAGGAAGUACACCUGCGAUCGCUCCAUCACUGUCACUCGUCUUGAGGACCUGCUGCAGGAUGCCCAGGAUGAGAAGGACCAGCUGAACGAGUACAGGGGGCACCUCUCAGGCCUGGCCAAGCGGGCCAAGGCCAUCGUGCAGCUAAAGCCCCGCAGCCCAGCCCACCCUGUGCGGGGCCGCGUACCGCUGCUGGCUGUGUGCGAUUACAAGCAGGUGGAGGUGACCGUGCACAAGGGUGAUGAGUGCCAGCUGGUGGGCCCUGCACAGCCAUUCCACUGGAAGGUGCUCAGCAGCUCUGGUAGCGAGGCCGCCGUGCCCUCCGUGUGCUUUCUCAUACCCCCACCCAACCAGGAGGCCCAGGAGGCCAUCGCCAGGCUGGAGGCUCAGCACCAGGCCUUGGUUGCAUUGUGGCAUCAGCUGCACACGGACAUGAAGAGCCUUCUAGCCUGGCAGAGCCUCAGCCGCGAUGUGCAGCUCAUCCGCUCCUGGUCCCUGGUCACGUUCCGCACACUGAAGCCAGAGGAACAACGCCAAGCCUUGCGCAGCCUGGAGCUGCACUACCAGGCCUUCCUGCGGGACAGCCAGGACGCUGGUGGCUUCGGGCCCGAGGACCGGCUGCAGGCCGAGCGCGAGUAUGGAUCCUGCAGCCGCCAUUACCAGCAGCUGCUGCAGAGCCUGGAGCAGGGCGAGCAGGAGGAGUCCCGCUGUCAGCGCUGCAUCUCCGAGCUCAAAGACAUCCGGCUCCAGCUGGAGGCCUGUGAGACGCGCACUGUGCACCGCCUGCGCCUGCCGCUGGACAAAGAGCCCGCGCGGGAGUGUGCCCAGCGCAUCGCAGAGCAGCAGAAAGCACAGGCUGAGGUGGAGGGGCUGGGCAAGGGGGUCGCCCGCCUCUCUGCUGAGGCCGAGAAGGUCCUGGCCUUGCCUGAGCCGUCACCCGCUGCCCCAACUCUACGCUCAGAGCUGGAGCUGACCCUGGGCAAGUUGGAGCAGGUCCGCAGCCUGUCUGCCAUUUACCUGGAGAAGCUCAAGACCAUCAGCCUGGUGAUCCGCAGCACACAGGGGGCUGAGGACGUGCUCAAGGCCCACGAAGAGCAGCUCAAGGAGGCCCAGGCUGUGCCUGCCACCCUCCCGGAGCUUGAGGCCACCAAAGCUGCGCUGAAGAAGCUGCGGGCCCAGGCGGAGGCGCAGCAGCCUGUGUUUGAUGCCCUGCGGGACGAGCUGCGGGGGGCACAGGAGGUGGGUGAGCGGCUGCAGCAGCGGCAUGGCGAGCGGGACGUGGAGGUGGAACGCUGGCGUGAGCGGGUCACCCAGCUGCUUGAGCGCUGGCAGGCCGUGCUGGCCCAGACUGACGUGCGGCAGCGCGAGCUUGAGCAGCUGGGCCGCCAGCUGCGCUACUACCGUGAGAGCGCAGACCCGCUGGACUCCUGGCUGCAAGAUGCCAAGCGGCGGCAGGAGCAGAUCCAGGCCGUGCCGUUGGCCAACAGCCAGGUUGUGCGAGAGCAGCUGCGGCAGGAGAAGGCGCUGCUGGAGGAGAUUGAGCGCCACGGGGAGAAGGUGGAGGAGUGCCAGAGGUUCGCAAAGCAGUACAUCAACGCCAUCAAGGACUAUGAGCUCCAGCUGGUCACAUACAAGGCACAACUUGAGCCAGUGGCUUCCCCAGCCAAGAAGCCCAAGGUCCAGUCUGGGUCCGAGAGUGUCAUCCAGGAGUAUGUGGACCUGCGUACCCGUUACAGUGAGCUGACCACACUUACAAGCCAAUACAUCAAGUUCAUCAGUGAAACUCUGCGGCGCAUGGAGGAGGAGGAGAUGCAGACAGUGCAGCAGGAGCAGCUGCUGCAGGAGACGCAGGCCCUACGGCAGAGCUUCCUCUCCGAGAAGGACAGCCUGCUGCAGCGCGAACGCUUCAUUGAGCAAGAGAAGGCCAAGCUGGAGCAGCUCUUCCAGGAGGAGGUGGCCAAGGCGCAGAAGCUACGUGAGGAGCAGCAGCGGCAGCAGCAGCAGAUGGAGCAGGAGAAGCAGCAGCUGGUCGCCAGCAUGGAGGAGGCCCGGCGGCAGCAGCGCGAGGCGGAGGAGGGCGUGCGGCGCAAGCAGGAGGAACUGCAGCGCCUGGAGGAGCAGCGGCAGCAGCAGGAGAAGCUGCUGGCCGAGGAGAACCAGAGGCUGCGUGAGCGGCUGCAGCACCUGGAGGAGGAGCACCGGGCAGCGCUGGCACACUCGGAAGAGGUGCCUGCCUCGCAGGCCACGGCCACAAAGGCCCUGCCCAAUGGCCGAGAUGCACUGGAUGGCCCAGCCACAGAGACAGAGCCCGAGCACGCCUUCGAUGGCCUGCGGCAGAAGGUGCCGGCCCAGCAGCUGCAGGAGGUGGGUAUUCUGAGUGCAGAGGAGCUGCAGCGCCUGGUGCAGGGCCGCACCACUGUGGCUGAGCUCGAGCAGCGGGAGGACGUGCGCUGUUACCUGCAGGGCCGCAGCAGCAUCGCGGGGUUGCUGCUGCAGCCUUCCAACGAGAAGCUGAGUGUCUACGCGGCCCUGCGGAGGCAGCUGCUGAGCCCAGGCACAGCCCUCAUCCUGCUUGAGGCCCAGGCGGCUUCAGGCUUCCUCCUGGACCCUGUGCGGAACAGGCAGCUGACCGUCAACGAGGCCGUGAAGGAGGGCGUCGUGGGCCCUGAGCUGCAUCACAAGUUGCUGUCGGCUGAGCGUGCUGUCACUGGCUACAAGGACCCCUACACUGGGGAGCAGAUCUCCCUGUUCCAGGCCAUGAAGAAGGACCUGAUCGUCAGGGAGCAUGGCAUCCGCCUGCUGGAGGCCCAGAUCGCCACGGGCGGCAUCAUCGACCCGGUGCACAGCCACCGCGUGCCCGUGGACGUGGCCUUCCAGCGUGGUUACUUCGACGAGGAGAUGAGCCGCGUCCUGGAGGACCCCAGCGACGACACCAAGGGCUUCUUCGACCCCAACACGCAUGAGAACCUCACCUACAAGCAGCUGCUGGAGCGCUGCGUGGAGGACCCUGAGACCGGCCUGCGGCUCCUGCCACUCACAGAUCAGGCUGCCAAGGGUGGUGAGCUGGUCUACACUGACUCGGAGGCCCGGGACGUGUUCAAGAAAGCCACUGUGUCUGCACCAUUUGGCAAGUUCCAGGGCAGAACGGUGACCAUCUGGGAGCUCAUCAACUCUGAGUACUUCACGGCGGAGCAGCGGCGGGACCUGCUGCGGCAGUUCCGCACAGGCAAGGUCACGGUGGAGAAGAUCAUCAAGAUCGUUAUCACGGUGGUCGAGGAGCACGAGCAGAGGGGCCAGCUCUGCUUCCAGGGCCUGCGCGCCCUGGUCCCCGCUGCUGAGCUGCUCGAGAGCCGGGUGAUUGACCAUGACCUCUACUGCCAGCUGCAGCAGGGCAAGCGCUCAGUGCAGGAAGUAGCCGAGGUGGAUGCAGUGCGGCGGGCCCUGCGGGGCUCCAGCGUUAUUGCGGGAGUGUGGCUGGAGGAGGCGGGGCAGAAGCUGAGCAUCUACGAGGCCCUGAGGAAAGACCUCCUGCCGGCAGAGGCGGCUGUGGCCCUACUGGAGGCGCAGGCCGGCACUGGGCACAUCGUGGACCCCACCACGAGCGCCCGGCUGACUGUGGCGGAGGCAGUGCGUGCCGGCCUGGUGGGGCCCGAGCUGCACGAGAAGCUGCUGUUGGCUGAGAGGGCCGUGACGGGCUACAAGGACCCGUACUCGGGGCAGAGUGUGUCCCUGUUUCAGGCCCUGAAGAAGGGCCUCAUUCCCAGGGAGCAGGGCCUGCGUCUGCUGGACGCCCAGCUGUCCACUGGUGGCAUCGUGGAUCCCAGCAAGAGCCACCGAGUACCCCUGGAUGUCGCCUAUGCCCGGGGCUACCUGGAUGAGGAGACCCACACAGCCCUUUCCGCACCCGAGGGCGAUGCCAAGACCUACUUCGACCCCAGUGCCCAGGAGACGGUCACCUACGGCCAGCUCCAGCAGCGGUGCCGCCCCGACCAGCUGACGGGGCUGAGCCUGCUGCCACUCUCGGAGGAGGCUGCCAGGGCCCGGCAGCAGGAGCUCUACUCCGAACUCCAGGCCCGUGAGGCCUUCCAGAAGGCCACUGUUGAUGUCCCCGUGGGCAGCUUCCAAGGCAGGACGGUGACAGUGUGGGAGCUCAUCAGCUCUGAGUACUUCUCUGCGGAGCAGCGGCAGGAGCUGCUGCGGCAGUUCCGCACGGGCAAGGUCACCGUGGAGAAGAUCAUCAAGAUCCUCAUCACCAUCGUAGAGGAGGUGGAGACUGUGCGGCGGGAGAGGCUCUCUUUCAGUGGCCUCCGCGCCCCGGUGCUGGCCAGUGAGCUCCUGUCUGCCAGGGUCCUCAGCAGGGACCAGUUUGAGCAGCUCAAGGAUGGCAAAACAUCAGUCAAGGACCUGUCGGAGGUGGACUCCGUGCGGACACUCCUCCAGGGCAGUGGCUGCCUCGCUGGCAUCUACCUGGAGGACUCCAAGGAAAAGGUGACCAUCUAUGAGGCCAUGCGGCGCGGCCUGCUCAGGCCCAGCACGGCCACUCUCCUGCUCGAGGCCCAGGCAGCCACUGGCUUUCUGGUGGACCCUGUGCGGAACCAGCGCUUGUAUGUCCACGAGGCUGUGAAGGCUGGCGUGGUGGGCCCUGAGCUGCAUGAGAAACUGCUGUCAGCUGAGAAGGCUGUGACGGGUUACAAGGACCCCUACACCGGGGAGCAGAUCUCCCUGUUCCAGGCCAUGAAAAAGGGCCUGGUACUCAGGGAGCACGGUAUCCGACUACUAGAGGCCCAGAUCGCUACAGGCGGCAUCAUCGACCCGGUGCACAGCCACCGCCUGCCCGUGGAUGUGGCCUUCCAGCGCGGCUACUUCGAUGAGGAGAUGAGCCGCAUCCUGGAGGACCCCAGCGAUGACACCAAGGGCUUCUAUGACCCCAACACGCACGAGAACCUCACAUACAAGCAGCUGCUGGAGCGCUGCGUAGAGGACCCUGAGACAGGCCUGCGGCUCCUGCCACUGAAAGGGGCGGAGAAGGCAGAGAUAGUGGAGACCACGCGGGUGUACACUGAGGAGGAGACCCGGAGGGCCUUCGAGGAGACACAGAUCGACAUCCCCGGGGGCGGCAGCCACGGGGGCUCCACCAUGUCCCUGUGGGAGGUGAUGCAGUCGGACCUGAUCCCCGAGGAGCAGCGGGCCCAGCUGAUGGCUGACUUCCAGGCCGGCCGCAUGACCAAGGAGCGCAUGAUCAUCAUCAUCAUCGAGAUCAUCGAGAAAACCGAGAUUGUCCGCCAGCAGCACCUGGCUUCCUACGACUACGUCCGCCGCCGCCUCACCGCCGAGGACCUGUAUGAGGCCCGGCUCAUCUCCCGCGAGUCCUACAGCCUGCUCCGGGAGGGCACCAGGAGCCUCCGUGAGGUGCUCGAGGCUGAGUCUGCCUGGCGCUACCUCUACGGCACGGGUUGUGUGGCCGGCGUCUACCUGCCUGGCUCCAGGCAGACCCUGACCGUCUACCAGGCCCUCAAGAAGGGGCUGCUGAGUGCCGAGGUAGCCCGCCUGCUGCUGGAGGCUCAGGCGGCCACAGGCUUCCUCCUGGAUCCAGUGAAGGGCGACCGGCUGACCGUGGAUGAGGCCGUGCGAAAGGGCCUGGUGGGCCCCGAGCUGCACGACCGGCUGCUGUCGGCCGAGCGGGCUGUGACCGGCUACCGUGACCCCUACACAGAGCAAACCAUCUCGCUCUUCCAGGCCAUGAAGAAGGACCUGAUCCCCGCCGAGGAGGCCUUGCGGCUGCUGGAUGCUCAGCUGGCCACCGGCGGCAUCGUGGACCCGCGCCUGGGCUUCCACCUCCCGCUGGAGGUGGCCUACCAGCGCGGCUACCUCAACAAGGACACGUACGACCAGCUGUCGGAGCCCAGCGAGGUGCGCAGCUACCUGGACCCCUCCACGGAUGAGCGCCUCAGCUACACGCAGCUGCUCCGGCGGUGCCGCCGCGAUGAGGGCAGCGGCCUGCUUCUCCUGCCGCUCUCAGACGCCCGCAAGCUGACCUUCCGCGGCCUGCGCAAGCAGAUCACAGUGGAGGAGCUGGUGCGCUCACAUGUCAUGGACGAGGCCACGGCGCUGCGGCUGCAGGAGGGCCUGACCUCCAUCGAGGAGGUCUCCAAGAACCUGCAGAAGUUCCUCGAGGGCACCAGCAGCAUCGCUGGCGUGCUCGUUGACGCCACCAAGGAGCGCCUGUCUGUGUACCAAGCCAUGAAAAAGGGCAUCAUCCGCCCGGGCACAGCCUUCGAGCUCCUGGAGGCGCAGGCAGCCACCGGCUACGUCAUCGACCCCAUCAAGGGGCUCAAGCUGACUGUGGAGGAGGCUGUGCGCAUGGGCAUCGUGGGCCCUGAGUUCAAAGACAAGCUGCUGUCGGCCGAGCGCGCUGUCACUGGCUACAAGGACCCCUACUCCGGGAAGCUCAUCUCACUCUUCCAGGCCAUGAAGAAGGGCCUGAUUCUGAAGGACCAUGGCAUCCGCCUGCUCGAGGCCCAGAUCGCCACAGGUGGAAUCAUUGACCCUGAGGAGAGCCACCGUCUGCCUGUGGACGUGGCUUACCAGCGUGGCCUCUUUGACGAGGAGAUGAAUGAGAUCCUGGCCGACCCCUCAGACGACACCAAGGGCUUCUUUGACCCCAACACAGAGGAGAACCUCACCUAUCUGCAGCUGAUAGAGCGCUGCGUCACCGACCCCCAGACGGGGCUGCGGCUCCUGCCGCUGAAGGAGAAGAAGCGGGAGCGGAAGACGUCUUCCAAGUCCUCGGUGCGCAAGCGGCGUGUGGUCAUCGUGGACCCGGAGACGGGCAAGGAGAUGUCGGUGUACGAGGCCUACCGCAAGGGCCUCAUUGACCACCAGACCUACCUGGAGCUGUCCGAGCAGGAGUGCGAGUGGGAGGAGAUCACCAUCUCCUCCUCGGAUGGCGUGGUCAAGUCGAUGAUCAUCGACCGCCGCUCGGGCCGCCAGUACGACAUCGACGAGGCCAUCGCCAAGAGCCUCAUUGACCGCUCAGCGCUGGACCAGUACCGUGCUGGCACACUCUCUAUCACCGAGUUCGCGGACAUGCUCUCGGGCAAUGCCGGCGGCUUCCGGUCCCGCUCGUCCUCCGUGGGAUCCUCCUCCUCCUACCCCAUCAGCCCCGCCGUCUCCAGGCCCCAGCUGGCCUCCUGGUCUGAUCCCACUGAGGAGACAGGCCCCGUGGCCGGCAUCCUGGACACAGAGACGCUGGAGAAGGUGUCCAUCACGGAGGCCAUGCACCGCAACCUGGUGGACAACAUCACUGGGCAGCGGCUGCUGGAGGCACAGGCCUGCACCGGAGGCAUCAUCGACCCCAGCACCGGCGAGCGCUUCCCCGUCACCGAUGCCGUCAACAAGGGCCUAGUGGACAAGAUCAUGGUGGACCGCAUCAACUUGGCCCAGAAGGCCUUCUGCGGCUUUGAGGACCCGCGCACCAAGACCAAGAUGUCGGCCGCCCAGGCCCUGAAGAAGGGCUGGCUCUACUACGAGGCGGGGCAGCGCUUCCUGGAGGUGCAGUACCUGACGGGCGGCCUCAUCGAGCCUGAUGCGCCGGGCCGCGUGCCCCUGGAGGAGGCCCUGCAGCGCGGCACCGUGGACGCCCGCACCGCCCAGAAGCUGCGCGACGUCAGCGCAUACUCCAAGUACCUCACCUGCCCCAAGACCAAGCUCAAGAUCUCCUACAAGGACGCGCUGGACCGCAGCAUGGUGGAGGAGGGCACGGGCCUGCGGCUGCUGGAGGCCGCCGCCCAGUCCAGCAAGGGCUACUACAGCCCCUACAGCGUCAGUGGCUCUGGCUCCACGGCCGGCUCACGCUCCGGCUCACGCUCUGGCUCCCGGGCCGGCUCCCGCCGCGGCAGCUUCGAUGCCACCGGCUCCGGCUUCUCCAUGACCUUCUCGUCCUCGUCCUACUCCUCCUCGGGCUACGGCCGCCGCUACGCCCCAGGGCCCACGCCCUCCCUGGGGGGCCCCACGUCUGCGGUGGCCUGACCCCUGCCUGUACCCCGCCUCCCGCUUUGCAUGUGGCCAGGCUUCCCGCCCAGGCGCUGGGGUCUUUCUUAAGUGUUUAAAGAUGUCUUCCUCCCAAGCGGUGCCUAGAGUUUAACCAAAAAGACCAGACUAACAUAUUAAUGUAUACCUGCUGUCCCGACAGCCUCUCUCUUGGAUGGGGCCAGUCCAGGUCCAGCCCCACUGACCACCUCACCCCAUACCCUCCAGGUCUCUCUGCUCCUCUUUACCUGCCACUCACCACAGCCAGGUGCCUUGGAGGGUGCAGAGCUGGGUCUCCAGCUCAGCCCUCCCAUUUCCCCAGGGGGCUUCUGUCUGGGCGAGGUUCCCCCAGCCCCAGAGACCAGCCUCCCGACAUCCAGCCACCAGUCCUACCUGCUCCAGGCCUUGCUAGUGGCAGGGCUCUCAGGGCCAGCGUUUUCUCCUGUUUCCAGGACUGACCUGCUCUCUCAGUGGGCCUUGCUGGGGAGAGAAGGAAUCUUGGGUCAGCCAUCUCUUCUGGCCUGCCCAGAGAAGCCCCUUCCCCACGGGAAGGUGAGGGUCCGGUCUGCAGAACCAGCUGACCCGAGCCAGGCACCAGCCUGUUCCCAGCUCCUGUAGGACUUCGGGCUCCAUUCCCAGCCCCCAGCCACCUACACUCUCUCCCCAGACCCCAGGCCUUUGGCUUUAGCCUUCCAGCCUCAGCCCCCUAGUAAGUGCCUUCUGUGUCCCCCUUGGCACCCAGGCCCCAAGGACCCAGACCUGGGGUGGGAGACAGACCCUCCUGGUGAAAGCUCACUGCUGUCCCCGCCCCUGGGCGUCUGGGCUGGGUGUAGCGGGGCUUCUGCAGGCCUUUUCUCCCCCGUGGGCCUGUGUCCCCUGGAGCCUGUGGACCCCCACCCUGGAGUGCUGCCUGUCUCUCCCAGAACUCCUCCUCCCCUUUGCUGGGCCCAGGGCUGCCGCCUGGGCCGUCUGUGCUGACCAGGGCAGCCGAGCCCGGGGCUGCUCCUCCUGCCCCACCCAGCCCCUGGCCCUGGUGGUGUCCACCCGCCCCUACCUCUGACUGAGCUUUGCAUGUCCCACUAACCCCGGCAGGUGGUGGUGGAGGUGCCAGGCUUCCGUCUGCCUCUGUGAGGGCAGAACACUAACCUGACCAUGGUGGGCCUGCGGCGCCCACCCCAAUAAAAGCAAUUCCAACCUC